GGAAUGAGACGGCUACAGUCCCGCCCCUGACGCGCUGUGAUGAUGUGGUACCUUAGCAACGAGCAGACGCUCCAGAGCCACCGUCUGUGACGUCAGUGACCGUCAGUGACCGUCUGUUGCUCUCGUGCUACUUUGAUCCAGUGUUUGAAGCUGGUUGAGUUAGUGUGAACCAUCUGACUGACUAACAGGAAGUGACCUCAGCUGCUCAGGAGACAUGGAGAAGAUGGUGAAGCCUCUGAUUCCUCCUCACAUGUCGGUUUAUGCCGACAAACAUGGCGUCUUCCACCUGCUGCAGAGCUUGGUGUCCAGUGUGUUGACUGAGCAGCCUGAUGAUCCGGUCUCUUACCUGAUCUCAGUUCUUCAGAGGAGCAGCUUGAACAUUCCCAGGAUCAUGGUGCUCGGCCCUCCGGCUGUAGGGAAACACACUGUGGCAUCGAAGCUGAGCGCUGAGCUGAGAGCUGUUCAUGUGACCCCCGAGAGUUUAUUGAAGGACCAAUCAGAGCUGAGCACACAGCAGCUUCCUGUGGAGCAGCGUGUUCAUCAGAGACUGAGAGAGGUCGACUGUUUCAACAGGGGCUGGGUUCUGGAGGGAUUCCCUCAGACCCGUCUUCAGGCUCUGACUCUUCAACAGGCCGGAGUCGUCCCUGAACACGUUGUGAUACUAGAGGCUUCUGAUGAUGUGUUGUUGGAGAGGAGGGAGGGGAAGCUGGUCGACCCACUGACAGGAGACGUGUACCAUCAGACUUUCAUCUGGCAGGCCAAUGACAUCAUCGCCCAGCGUCUGGAGAAGGGGCGGGGCCAAUCAGAGGCGCAGCACCUAGCUGAACUGCAGCGUUUCCGUGGCGAGGUCACAGGUCUUAGAUCGGCCUAUCAGCACGUCCUGAAGAUCAUCAACAGUGACCAACCACACGCUGACGUCUACCAACAAGUGCUGGCUUUUGUACGGACUCGACAUCGCUCCAGAACUCCUAGAAUCCUCCUGCUGGGUCCACCUGGGUCGGGGAAGAGUCAGCAGGCCAGACUGCUGGCAGAGAAAUACAAGAUGCUUGAUGUGUGUUGUGAUCAGCUCAUCAGCUCCGCAGCAGCUGAUGGUUCAAGCCUUGGAGAAAAGAUUCAAUCAUAUCUGGAUGAUGAACAACCAGCUCCAGACGACCUGGUGCUGCAGGUUCUGCAGCGACAUCUGAGCCAAGUAGACCCGCGCAGAGGCUGGAUCCUGCACGGGUUCCCCCGAGACCUGCAGGGGGCGCUGAGGCUGCAGGAGACCCAGCACCAGCCCAACAGGGUCUUCUUCCUGGAGCUGACGGACGACGUCUGUGUGGAGAGAAUCAGUCUGAGAGCGACUGACCCAGUGAGCGGAGAGAGGUUCCACGCUGUGACUCGACCGGCUCUGAGCUCUGAGAUCCAGAACCGACUGGAGACCAGACCAGAGGACAGAACUCCCACUGUGACACACACUCUGAACCAGUGCAGGACACACACUGCUGCCCUGCAGUCUGUCUAUCCAGAUAUGGUUCUCAUUGAUGCUGAUCAGGAUCCUCACUCUGUGUUUGAGGCUCUGGAGAGCAGAUUAAAUUCUGUCUGACUCACCUGGACUCACCCUGACUCACCCGGACUCACCUGGACUCACCUGGACUCACCUGGAUUCGCCGAGACUCACCCUGACUCACCCGGACUCACCCGGACUCACCUGGACUCACCUGGA